AUGGUUCAGUCCACGCACAACCCAGAAGACACUCCAGACUCGAGCCAACCCAACAGUCCGCUCGAACUGGUGCCCUCCCGAUCGAACUUCAAACCUCGCACGCAUGAACAAGGGAUCUUUUCUCGGCGGAGGCUUUUCUUCGCCUUUGGUGGUCUGCUUGGUGCCUUUCUUGGUUGGUUAUUUACGGAGGGUUCGCCAAGUUUUCCAGAGGGAACGUUCCUGUCGGAUUUCGACCAAACCUUUACAAAUGUCAAAGAAGCCAUGCUCAGUGAAUCAUCCAUCAUCUCGAACAUACUACCCCAGCUGAAUAUCUCAGACGUAUUCGCAUCGGCAACGACAAAGUCAUGGCUAAAAAAUCGCGAUUUUACUGUCGGGCGACAAGCACUGGCUAAAGGGCAGCACAAAAAGCACGCGGUACUACUGAUACCCGGCAUUAUAUCAAGUGGUUUAGAAAGCUGGGGUACUUCCGAAGAGCAUGCGCCAUUCUUUCGCAGUCGGAUUUGGGGCACCGCCGCGAUGAUUAAAGCGGUGAUGACCAGGAAGGAGGCUUGGUUAAGGGCGAUGAGUCUUGACUUGGAAACUGGACUGGAUGUCGAGGGCGUUAAAGUCAGAGCGGCUCAAGGCUUCGACGCGGCUGCUUACUUUGUGCAAGGAUAUUGGCUGUGGCAAAAGAUCAUCGAAAACUUAGCAGUCCUUGAUUACGACCCGCUCGACAUGGCAUUGAUGUCAUAUGAUUGGCGCUUGGCACCGCUUAAUCUGGAAGUCCGAGAUCGAUACUUUUCCCGGAUGAAGAUGACGAUCGAACAUUCCAAACUGAUCGGAGGAAAGAAAACCGUUCUGGUCAGCCACAGUAUGGGGGGAAGCAUCGUACUAUUCUUUCUCAAGUGGGUUGAAGCCGAAGGACCAUUGUUUGGAAACGGUGGACCGAAUUGGGUUGAUGAACACAUCGAGAGUGUUGUCAAUAUCGCCGGGACCUUGCUUGGUGUCCCAAAGACCUUAGCCGCCUUGCUGAGUGGGGAGAUGAGAGACACAGUAGAGUUGAACCCGGCUGGAGUAUACAUCUUGGAAAAACUGUUUAGCCGUCGUGAGCGUGCGGGGAUGUUUAGGUCGUGGGCUGGAUCGGCGGCUCUAUGGCCCAAGGGUGGGGACGUCAUUUGGGGAGACUCUUUCAGUGCACCCGAUGACCCCAUCAACGCCACCUUAACGGCCGGAAACGUGUACAAUCUGAGACACAGUGAAGAGAAAUCCAACUUGACAAUGUCGGGUGCUUAUCAGUUCUUGCUUCAACAAACUCCAACCAGCUUUCAAAAGAUGUUAGAGAGUAAUUUCAGCUUUGGGAUUGAGACUGAUCCGGAAAAAUUGAGGGCAAAUAAUCAGGACUUUCGUAAAUGGACUAAUCCUCUCGAAGUCCAACUGCCAAGAUCCAAAAACCUCAAAAUAUUUUGUCUGUAUGGGGUUGGAAAACCGACUGAAAGAGGGUAUUGGUAUAAAGGAGAGCAAUUUGAAUCGGAUGGCAUCGAGACCGAUGGAGCGCAAGCGAAAUGCAAAGGACUUGGGAUCGAAUGUGACCAGAAACACCAGACGCCCGCGACGCCGAUGAGCUUCCCACUCUCGCGACAAUGGAUGGUGGACAAUGAAGUCAACCUGGAUCAGGAAAAUCCUAAGGUCAAGAGCGGGGUCACCUUUAGCGAUGGCGAUGGUACGGUGUCCGUGUUAAGUUUGGGGACAAUGUGUGUGGAUGGCUGGAAGAAGAAAAUCUAUAAUCCUUCGGGCAUUCCUGUGCUCACGCAUGAGAUCGAACAUCGGCCUGCAAGUUUCGAUAUUAGAGGGGGAUCUACCACCGCAGAUCACAUAGAUAUUUUGGGGUCAGCCGAGCUGAACGAAGCGAUCGUCAACAUCGUCUCGGGUCGAGAUGAUCUGGUCAAGGAACAAAUCGUCUCGAACAUCCACGAGUAUGUCAAACGGAUUAAAUGGCCUGACCAAAAAUAG